UGUCAUGGCGACGAUGCUGACCGAGACGAUGUGACCGUUUGACGGAUAAACGAACGUGCGGUAAACUGGAGUGUUAUAUUAACAGUUCUGCUGGAAAUAUUUUCCCGGCGUUACUCCAAUCUAGUUGUGGCCUAGUUCAGGGACGUCGGAUAUCAACGGUAACCGAACGAACCGGAAUUACGCAGAAGGAGCGAGAAAUGUAAAAGUUAUGCUGGAAAUAGCCGCGCGGGCGUGACGGAUCUGACGGUGGUCACUCUAUCGGCUGCUCGAUGUCAGUGUAACAGAUUUUUAAUUCUGUUACACCAAACCAAAUGCUAAAAGAAAGCAUGUAAGAAAAUACAGAAUCAAACUAUUCAACUAUACAAGGAGGUAGGAGUUGACGCGACCCUGACCUUGAAUGCCAAGUAUAUGGAUUGGAAGCGUGAACCGCGACCUCAGGAAGAAAUGCCGCUAAGCCCCUCCACCCAUGGUAACCCCCUGGGGGUAACAGGAGGCGUAAAUCCAGGAACAACACCUCAAAUAAUUCCAAUUAACUGCAACCCUCCGCCGUCCUACCACAAUAUAAACCUGCCAAUUGGCCAGCCGUCCGUAUUAUCUAGUGAUCGAGGAGCGCCGCCUUCUUACGAAGAAGCGAUAGAUCCAAAUGCCCCGCCGCCAUCCUACGAUUCUUUGUUCGGUCGAAUGCGAGAGGCUCACAAGGCUUCCAAGGGUGUUUUUGACUUUUUAAAAAAUAUCAUCGUUCUCCUUCUCGGCACAAUUGGGUGCACGAUCAUCUUAGGUGUGACAAUAGUGAUUCCAAUUUGCAUGAUGGUGAUCGGUGGACUUUAUUUGUACGAUUGUCCUCAGGGAGAAUACAUUCCAGUUUAUCUGUUAGUUGGGGGUGGUAUUGGGGUUUUUAAACAGCUGCUGCACCUUUCGGUCAGAGUUCGCGAACGCCAGGAAGAACGGGACGAAGAGAGAGUCAGACAAUCCUCCACGCAAACCUUGAUAAACUGCUUUAUGCUCGGCUGGUUCAUCAUCGGUUCCAUGUGGGUUUACAAGGCGUUUGAGCCCAAUUACGAUCCAUCCAGGGGGAAGUACUGCAACAAAACUCUGUAUUUAUUCGCCUUCUGGUUGAUCACAUGCGUCUACAUUGCUUUGGGAGUCAUCACAGCCUGCUUAUGCAGCAUUUCCGUAGCUAGCAUUGCUUUUCAAAGGCCCCCUCCUGAUCUCAUGUAACAAUUUCCAGUUGUUCAUUCUAUGGACAAUAAUGCGUCGAAGACAUCUUUCGGGGCAAGACAUACCCCGCCGGUAAAACACUUUGAUAUUGUGGUUCAUGUUCUCGGAUUGCGGGGCCGGGAAAAGUUGAUCAAUCGAAAUUGUAACAGAUAUCGAAAAGUGUUAUUCCGAUACUUUAAUUUCUACUUCCUUUUCUCUCUAGGGUUUCUCACUCAAUGUAAUAUAUUUCACUUCAAUACCCGAGAGAAAAGUGUAACUUUUAAUUAAUUCGUGAGCUGCUGUGCCAUUAACUAUCGACAACGGGAGUCAAUAUCUCGAAACGAUUUAUAUUAUUGCAAUAAGAUUUCUGAAGCGUCUACUGUGUAUAUUUUUUAAUUUUUACCCCGUAAGCUUAAUAUAUAAUGUAUAAUUCUAACUUAAUUGCUAUUAUAUUAACGUAUUACCUACCCGGGAAAAAAAUGACAUAUGAAUGAUAUUUAACGUUGACAUACAAUUCUACGGGUAGACCCAUUAAAUUUUACAACUUUUACAUU